CCGGGCUCGCUCCCACGACAGCUUCAACCCAUCCUCAACGGCAUUUGCCGCGUUCCCUCCUGAUUGCGCACACACACGUCACUGCCACGCGCCCCGUCAUCGUCUCUUCAGACCAAGGCAUAGAAACGUUGCCGUCUCCCGUCCUCGGGCCCCGCCCUCCACUGACGCAUUGCCUGUUCCCGGUCCCAUGGCUGCUCUUGCCUCUCCCGCACCCGCAUCUAUCGUGCCGGCGCAGCUUGGCUUCCUCACAAUCUUCAAUCCCUCUCUAGGCAUUAGCGACGAGACCUUGGAUGACCAAAUUGUCUACUAUGCCUCGGUCAACACCCAGGCCGGCGGCCGCCGCCACCGCUCCCGUGGCAAGCCCAUUGCCAAUGUCUCGCAGGCUGAGCGCAACGAGCGCCUCCGCCAGAUCGGCCUCGCACAAGGCAUGGUCGAAUUCAGCAGGGGUUUCGCCGGCGGCCAGGUCCUCGACACAAUAGAUACCGACAAGUCUCGCUAUGUGCUUCACGAGCUCGAGCCCGGAUGGUGGAUUCUCGCUUCAGUCGAUCUGACAAAGAUACCGCUCCCUCCGAGGCUUGGCUCAACAUCCCCCGAAACCAAUGAUCCCGCCGCAAAUGUCGAAUACUCGUCCCGUGAGAUGAAGCCGGCCACGCUUCUGCUACAGGACCUUCUGCGCGCGCACUCGACGUUCCUCCUCCACCACACGACCUCGCUCAGCGCCAUGUUCGUGAGGCUCAAGCGGGCAAAAUUUGUCUCCGUCCUGAGCCGGUUCUGGGAUUUGUUCCUUUCCACCUGGAACGUCAUGCUUCAUGGCAACCCUGCUGUCAACGUCUUCGGGGGCAUAAAGAUUGCUGCCUGUGGCGAGCUCGGCAUUGGCGUUGGCGAAGAACAUCGCGGCAGUGGUGAACGUGAGGUACUCGAGGGUUUCGUGGGGAGAGUGGAAGGUCUGACAGACCUGAUCGUCUCCAAAUUCGGCUUGGCAGACAGCAACGCCUCCGAGUCCGCCAACGUGACCCAGAAAUGGCUCGGCACAGGCGAGGAGCCCUCUGGCGAAGACGGAGCCAUCUUCCUGGGUGUCGGAGCCAUCUCCAAGAGAUCAAUCUGCGACAUCACGCAGUGGAUGGAAGACUUGUAUACAUGGGGUGAGGAUGCGUAUGGUGUCAAGGACCGGCCGUCGUCAGUCCGACAAGCCAGAAAAGCUCGCCGAACCUCUAAAGGUGUGCCUCAGGAUACGCAAACUGCGCCAGACACUUUAAAGGACAACCAAGCUCAGAACGUAGCAUUGCCUGCGACGGACAGCUUGGGCGACACGGAAGAAGGCGGAGUCAACAAGCUGAUGAGCUACCUGAAAAUGGGUUAUGGCACCCACUGGUCCGUUGGGGGCUCUUCAAAUCCAGAGCCGAAUACUGAAUCACCAGCCACUACCGGUCAAGAAACCGUGCAGCUAGCUCCAGAGCGACCUGCCAUGGCAACAAGGACCCUAAGCGACAAUAUGGGUCAUUACUUGAUCGGCCUGAUGGGGGACGUUGAGGAGUCUGGUGGCAGUGAGGAAGACAGCAAAGAGGGGUCCGGCGGCGAUUCGGACGAUGUCGAUUACAACUCUCGAGUACUACUACGCACAGUGGUAGUUGAGAUGAACGAGUCCAAAUUGCCACCAUCAAAGAUGACACAAGACUUCGGUAGCCAGGACAAAGAGUUGCUUUUGACCAAGUCUGGUCACAAGGACUCGAUGGAUCCCAACUCCCACUUUAACAGCCAGGACCGAAACCGAACACAAAAGAUGCGUGUGGUGGUUUAUGUCAGCAAGCCUUUCGUGUACACAUUCCUGUUCCAGAACAGGACGGAUUCGCUGGCUUGGGAUGGUCUAUACCGUUCGCUACACUACCAGUUGGAACCUCUGAGAAAACAGCUAGUAGCAUCAACCACUUACCGACCCGAGAGGCCGGACAUAGGCAAAACGACUUCCAACAUCUAUGACCUCGUCUGGGACCCAAAGACGACAGCCAUCCACUCUACGAUCCCCAACAUUCCCGAUCCGUCACGUGGUGCUCAAGAUCCUGCCCAGAAUCAUUGGACGAGGGCAGAAGCGAUCAGCAUGCACAACCAGAUCCUCAACAUUUUCAACUCGACGCUGACCGACUAUUCCGAAGUUGAACGAACAUGUAAGACGAAUCGUGGCUGGUGGGUAGUGUGGAUGCGAAUUCCGAGCAAAGAUGCCGAAGGCGACCCGGCAUCUUCGGGGUCGCAUCUCUUUACACCACGGCCAAAACCGAUCGAUGCAGAGUCGGUCCAGGUGCCCAAGGCUUCGGCUCACCGGCAACUCCGCAAGGAAGACUCUCAGGAAUCUGAGGAGAGCUCGAAAUCAGUGGUGCACAGCGAAUUCAAGCGACCGAAGCCCAAGGUCCACAAGGAAAUCUUCCUGCUGCGACGCGCUGGCGAGAACGGGGGCCUGCGGGGAUUAACAUCCUCAUACUCUGAAGAUGGUGGCUGGGGCGAGGGAGCAGCGCGGCUAGCACACGGCAUAGGCGUCGACGCGAGACAGUACGUUGAACAUCUGCUCAGCCUUCAGCAUUGAACAGCCCACGGAGCAAUACCGGGCGGGCGAGGGCGCCGACGAGGUCAGUAACAGUGGGGAAGACAAUAGCGAAGAGGCCCGCUCGUUAGAGUUGCACGUCGAGUGUGUGUCGGUUUUCCCACCACAUGGAGAGACAAGAAAAGUUCAGGUUCGGAUAGCAAAGCACAGCAUGACGGCGUUUCAUCAUUUGACGGGAUAAGGAGGGUUUUCCUUCUUGUCUUUUUUUGUUAGCGCCACAAAGGGUCACACAGCCUUGGAAUACACCAUAAUCCUAGAUGCCGGCCACAGGCCUUCUGAUCCCAGUGUAUGUAGAUACUCGCACAGAGGCUAGAAACAAUCUACUUAUUUGUGCAUCGAU